CAAAAACAAGUGCAAAAAGUGCAGCAUGUCAGCUUAGGGCAAUGAGCUGGCAUUAUGAGUGGGAAAAAACGCGCAGGAUAAGCAGGACUCGUAGCCAAAUAACAUGUCCAGCAGCCGUGGCAAAUUGCCGCUGCGUCCCGAUCGCAAUGCCAACGACGAGGAGCAGCAACAAACCCAAACCCAAACCCAACAACAGCAGCUGGGCGCCAAACCCAAGACCUCCCACAAAAUGUCCCAGCCCCGCACUGAUAACCAGCUGCCAGGACCAAGUCCACUGCCUGCCGGACAUGGCAACUACAUGGAGCUGGAGUUUAGCCAAGUCGAGGCCGCAGUGGGUCGCAGCUUCAGCGAGUUGCCCGUCAGCUAUGCCACGAGUAUUGUGGUUCCCAUUUCCUAUCGCGAGCCUGCCCCGCCCACUCCACCGCCCCUCUCGCAGAUUCCCUCGCGGGAGUCGCGACUGCUGCACUCGGCGCCCAACACGCCAAGUAGAGGCAAAGUGGUGCUGAGCAAGAAGGAACGCAAGGAGCUCAGCAAACAACUGGGCCUCGAGGAGCUGGGCGUUAGCAGCUCGGCGCAGUCGAGUCCCUACAAGGGGCGGGUCACUGAGCUGAAGAACUGCAUAGCACGCGGACUCUUUGCCACGCUGCAUCGCGGCUCACAAAAGUCGCUGCAACAGCAGCAGCAACAAGACACAGAAAACCCCGCAGAGAUGCAGCUGAGUCAGGAAUUAUCUCCUCCGCCGCCGGCACCGGAGUUGGCCAACAACAAUGAGGACGACGCAGCGGACUACAGUGAGAAGCUGAAGAAUUUGCCGGUGCGCCAGCGUAAGGCAGCCACCUCGCAUAUGGAUAAUUAUUGCCUCUUUGAUCCGGUGGACUUCAUCAACGAGAAAGCAAUGCGAUAUCCAAGCAAUGCGAAGCACGGACUGCGUGAUCCGCUGUUUAGCUCUAGGCAGCAUUUAGUUUGUGAGGACGAUGAGGAGCUGGUGCCCGAGGUCAUCUACGAUGUCGAGGAGCUGGAGGAGACCAUCAUCAUUGAAACUUCCGGCGAUGCGGAGGCCGAAACGGAAGCCAGCGCCUGUGCUUUGGCGAGUUUCGAUCAUCACAAUUACUUUGUCAUCGAGCCGGGUGAUUUCGAAAUGGAAUCCAACAUUCUGGACAUUGGCAUUCCAAAUCCCUAUAGCAAUGAGCAGCUGGUGCAAGCCAAGCUCGAGCAGCAGAGUCUGGACAAGCAGCUAAAUGAGCUGGACACGCUGACCAGCAUGUCCAACAGUCAGGAGUCAAAGGACACAGAGACCACCUCCACAGCUCUAGUGGAGUCCUCGACUUCAACAAAUUCAGCCAGCUCUAGUGGAAGCUCCAGCACACAGCAACAGUCGAUGAAAAAGAAACUCACGUUUCUCAAUCUCUCGCCCUUUCGGCCGGGCAGCAAAAAGUCCCAGCAGAAAUCGCAUACGGAGCAGCGAGCCAUCUCGGAACUUGUUACCACCGAUCAUAUGUUGCAUCUGCAGCAGUUGUUGCAGCAACAGCGCAAGGACCAACGCGCCCACACCGUACCCAUCGAAUCCAACUAUGUGUUAUUCAAUCCAGGCCCCGUGCCUAGUCGACAUGUUCAGUACAAGAUUAGGAAACCGCGACCGCUCUCCACGCACAGCGAUGCAGACAGCGGUUUUUUAUCGCCCUGCUCCCCCGAAGAAUUGAAGGCGAAUCCCAGCAUUCUUGUGCUGCAACAGUGUGACAGCGUUCAGGGUUAUAUUGAGAUUUACACGGACUGGGCCAACUAUUAUCUGGAACGUGCCAAAUCGAAGCGAAAGGUCACCGAUUUAUCGGCCGACUGCCGUGAUGGCCUCCUCCUGGCUGAGGUCAUCGAGGCAGUCACUAGUUUUAAAGUGCCCGAUCUAGUCAAGAAGCCAAAGAGCCAACAACAAAUGUACGACAACGUGAACUCGUGCCUACACGUCCUGAGAAGCCAAUCAGUUGGUGGCCUCGACAAUAUUACCACCAAUGACAUCUGCGCGGGUCGCCUGAAGGCCGUCCUUGCCCUAUUCUUUGCCUUGAGCCGCUACAAGCAGCAGGCGAAGCAAACCAAGUCCAUUGGCGUUGGCUGCGGUGGCGGAGGCGGUGGUGUUGUUGUCAGCGGUGCUGCGCUUCCUGCUGCCCUCGCAACUGGCGGUGGUUCUGUGCUGGGCAUUGGUCUUGGCGGAAGCUUGAGAGCGUCUACAGCAAACAAUCUGAUCGACAAGCAUCAGCAGGAUCCACAACAGCAACAGCAACAACAACAGCAGCAGCAGCAACAGACGCCACAACAAUUGGCCCAGUCACUGGAGAACGGCAAUGAGAUGGUGAACCGACAAAUUGCUCCCGCCUACGCAAAGGUCAAUGGAGGCACUGCCAUUCCUCUGCCCGCCACAGUCAUGGUCCAACGUCGCUGCCCCCCGGACAAGGUGCGACCCCUGCCCCCCACCCCCAAUCACACGCCAUCCAUACCGGGUCUGGGCAAGAGCGGCAGUGACUUUAACACGAGCCGUCCAAACAGUCCGCCCACCAGCAAUCACACCAUUCAGAGCCUGAAGAGCGGCAAUAACAACAGCCUGCGUCCGCCGAGUGUGAAGAGCAGCCAUCAGAGUGGCAUCCCGUCGCCGAGUAGCUUGAAUGUGGCACCCAGUGCACCGCAGAAGCACUCGAUGCUGGACAAGCUCAAGCUGUUCAACAAGGAGAAGCAACAGAAUGCAGUUAAUGCUGCAGCGGCUGCCAACAAAACGCAGCUGCAGUCGAAACGCACCUCGUCCUCCUCGGGCUUUAGUUCGGCACGUUCGGAGCGCUCUGACUCCAGUUUGAGCCUCAACGAUGGCCACAAUUCGCAGCUGAAGCCGCCAAACGUUAGUGUCAAUGCACAGAAGAGUCAACAGAAGCACAAUACAAAGCAAUCCAAGCUGCUGGCAGCGCAGCAGAAGAAGGAUCAAACCAAGACGAGCAAGCUGGACAAGAAGGAGAAGAGCCCGGCUCGCUCGCUGCACAAGGAGGAGCAUCAGCAGCAGCAGCAGUCUGGCAAUGAAUCUCGCAGCUCCACCAUGGGCAGAGCUGGGAAAAACUCUUUGGCACGCGGCAGUGUCGAGAAGAAUACUGUGAAGACGUCUUCCAAGUCAUCGCUGCACUCCAAAACGGACUCAAAGUGUUCGCUGAAGAGUCAAAGCCAACAACUGUUGCACAGUCCCAGUGGCACAGGAUUGCCCAAACCCAUUGCUGCCAUCAAGGGCACCAGCAAACUGCCGCAGCCAGGUGUGCCCAAUGGAGGCAAUAGUGAUGUCUUCAAGCGUGAAACCAGCGACAUAUCCGCCAGUCAAGCCAACAUAUCCCAGGAGCAGCCACACCAACAGCAACAGCAACAGCAACCAGCUGCUCUCAACCAAGCCACACAUAUCCUUAAGGCAUUGCCUGCCACGCCUCCGCCUCCUUACUACGCCAAUGCGCCACCUGCGCCUCUGCAGUCCACACACAUAUCAUCCUCAGCGGCAGUUGGAGGCGCUGCUAGUUACUCUGGCUACCUCAGCGAGCCCAGCACGCCACAACAUGCCCACAGCAUCUAUGGCAGCAGCGGCAGUCGAUUGCCACCUCCGAAGUCUGCGCUGAGUGCGCCACGCAAGCUGGAGUACAAUGCGGGUCCACAUAUUCUGGCCUCGCCUCCUGGACGUUUGCCACUGCAGCGACCCACGCACAACUCAGCGCCCAACACGCCCACCGCCUCGCCCAGCAAGUUCCACACGAUCCCCUCGAAGAUUGUGGGCACCAUCUACGAGUCGAAAGAGGAACAACAAGCUCAGGCUCAAGCUCAAGCGCAAUCCGCUGCAGCUGCGGCGGCAAAUGCUUCAUCGGUGCUGCCCAUGCGUCCGCUGCUGCGUGGUUACAACUCUCACGUGACGCUUCCAACGCGUGGAGCACGCGGUGGCCAUCAUCCGCAUCAAUCGUAUUUGGACUUCUGCGAAUCGGAUUUGGGGCAAGGCUACUGCAGCGAUGGUGACGCGUUGCGCGUGGGUAGUUCAUCCUCUGCAGCGAGUCGCUAUCAUGACAUUGACAAUGGCUAUUUGUCCGAGGGCAGCAGCGGAUUGGGCUCUGGAUCAACGGGUGUUGGCGGUGCACAUGGCAAACACUUUCUCAGCAUGAUGCGAGCACGCACGCAGUUGCCCACAACCAUCGAAGAACGUAUUCGCAGCAGUCGCGGAUCACUUGAUAGCAUUGGAACCGCUGCUAACGGCAGCUCGGCUGCGAGUCAGGCCAGUUCCAGUGGCAGCGGCAGCGGCUGCUCAACGAGCAACAACAUCAACAACAACAACAAUAAUAAUAACAACAACAACAACCACAAAAUGGAUGGCAGUCCACAUCAUAGGCCUGGCUCACGAAAUGGUCGCGAUAAUUGGAGCAAAAUGCCGGAACCCCUUAAUGGCCACAAGGUGGAUAAAUCGGAGAAAUCAUCACCAUCGCGUCGCAGCAUGGGAGGUGGCAACUCUGGCGGUGGCGGAGGCAGCAACGGAGGCAGUGGCAACUCCUCGAAACAAGGCUCGCCAUCGGCCUCGUCACGCACCAAGGGAGUUCCACCCAGUUUCGGUUAUGUGAAACGUGCCAAUGGCAGCAUUGCGUCCACGGCGGAACAACAGAACAUCGCCAUGCUGAUGGCCGCCGGUGCUCAUGGUGCUCAUGGUGCAGGUGCAGUUAAUGGCUUGCCCUGUGGACGCACCGCUCACGUUUCGGCAGUGCCGCGCACCGCCAGCGGUCGUAAGGUCACCGGCGGCACUCAAACGUUGCCCAACGAUAUGAACAAAAUGCCACCGAACACGCAGCAUCGCAGUUUUUCGCUGACAGGCCCAACAGCGACUCAGCUCAGUCAGUCCAUCAGGGAGAGAUUGGCAACUGGCUCCCACAGUUUGCCCAAGCCUGGAAGCGACAUGCAUGUGUUUCAGCACAGAAUAACGACACGAGGGGGUGUGACACGUCACGAUGGCUCGCUAUCGGAUACACAGACUUACGCAGAGGUCAAGCCAGAAUAUAGCUCAUACGCCAUGUGGCUCAAGCACAGCAAUACAGCUGGCAGUCGACUAUCGGAUGGCGAUGCCAUAGAUCAGAUGCAGAUUGGUUCGCCUGCGAUGACUCGCCACGGUCACAAGAUGCUGCACAAUCGCUCAACUGGCGGCGCGGGUCAAAUGCCUGUGCAGGGCAAUGAAUCGCCGUAUGUGCAAAGUCCUCGCAUGAAUCGCAGCAACAGCAUCAGCUACUUGAAAGAACGGACAUAUCCAAGAUCCACCAAAUCAGAGAAAAUGUAUCCCUCGAUGCUGAGCCGUGGCGGCGAUGUGGAAAUCGAGCCAUAUUACUGUCUGCCCGUGGGCACAAAUGGUGUGCUCAGCGCCCAAAUGGCAGCCGCUGUUGCUCAGGCUCAAGCUCAAGCUGCCCAGGCUCAGGCUCAGGGUAAUGUGGCUGGCAAUGUGUCUGCCGUGGCCUGGAGUCAGCCCACAUCGCCCACGCCCCUCAAUCGCGGACCUUUCGGAGCAGCUGCUGCCUCGGCAUUAUCGCCCACACACGGCACAGUGGCUGCGGCAGCCGCAUUGGCAGCAGCUCAUGGAGGCGCUGGCGGAGGUGGCAACAACAGCAUUACCGCCUCGCAUCGUCUAACAUAUCCCAAGAAGAAUGACGAAGUACAUGGCAGUGCUGCAUCGCUGCUGUCGGGUGGCAGCUCGUUGUACGGUUCGGCGGAGGAGCGACAGGCGCAUGAGAUACGCAGACUGAAGCGAGAAUUGCAGGAUGCCCGUGAACAGGUGCUCAGCCUGAGCAGCCAGCUGUCAACAAAUGCGCAUGUGGUGUCCGCCUUUGAGCAGUCGCUAUCCAAUAUGACGAAUCGCCUGCAGCAGCUGACGGCGACAGCGGAGCGCAAGGACGGCGAACUCACAGACAUGCGUCAGACAAUUGAGCUGUUGCGCAAACAAUCGAUCCAGGCGGGCCUAACGACUGCCCACAUGCAGAGCAUGGGCGUCCAGACGCAGGGUCAGACCCAGAACGAGUUGAUGAUGAUGCAACAGCAGAAGCCGCCUCCAAUGCCGUCUGCAGCAGGCAACGCACGUCCAGCCAGUCAUGCCAAUGGAGGUGUCAAUCCACCUCAAGGGAAUGGCAAUGGCUUGGGCAUGGGCAUUGGCAUGCAGCGUCAGCACAGCACCGAUUCCAUGUGCUCGCUGAACUCCAUCAGCUCCGGUUGCUCGGCGGCGCAGGACAAGAACAAGGCGAACAAGAAGAAGGGUUGGCUGCGCAGCAGCUUCACCAAGGCCUUCUCACGCAACGCCAAGAUCUCAAAGACCAGUCGCCAUGUGGGGCAGCAUCAUCAUCAACAGCAGGAGCAUAGCUCGACCAAGACGCCGCUGCACAAUGGCCAUGGACAUGGCGAAGGUCCGCUGGGUCUGGCAGCCCUGGCCACGCAGCCUGCGCCACCGCUGCCCGUGGCCAAUGCGUCCAGCAAGCAGAGCAGCCCGGCCAAGACGGUGACGCUCAUCGACAAUGCCAAGCCCAUCGAUGCCAUUGAUCCCGAGGAUCAGCACAUGGUCGAGGACCUCAAAAAGCAGUUGCGCGAGAAGGAUCUAGUGCUCACCGACAUACGCCUGGAGGCGCUUAGCUCUGCCUCGCAGCUGGAGAGCCUCAAGGAUAUGAUGAACAAGAUGCGCGCUGAGAUGAUGUCGCUCAAGCAGAACAACGAGCGUCUGCAGAAACUGGUCACAAGUCGCUCACUGGCCGGUUCCGAAGCUAGCUUGGGUCAGGCCAUCAGUCCCAAUGGCUCACUGGGAGGAGGAGGUGGAGGUGGCAGCAGCUCGGAUGCCUCGCGACGCUAUUCGCUGGCGGAUGGUAACUCACGGCCACCCAUGGAGCUGCCACCACGCUUGAGCGAAGAGCUGGAGGAGGAGUGCAUGCCACCGGCACCUGCCCCUGAGCCUCCACCACCGCCAGCGCCCAGUGCGGGAGCAACUGCUGCACCGCUCAGUCCCAACACACACAUCGAUCUGACGCCACCGCCACCAGCGUUGGAGGCGGCACAGCUCAGCAGUCCCGUGCACAUGCCCAGCACAGUGGAGGAUCUGCCGGAUGUGUGCGAUGGCAAGAAGAUUGCCAUUGCCUGCUACUUGGGUCAGCCUGAGUCGUUUGCCAAGUACUGCGAGGAGCUGCUCGAGCUGGACGACUUCUAUGCCAAUGGCGCCAUCAUUGCCAGCCACGAGGCGGAGAACCAUCAGGCACAGGCUCAGCAGAGCAACGCUGCCUUCACUGCGGCCAGUUGCAAUGAGUUUGUCAUCGCCUGCACCUACAUCUCGGGCAAGACAACCUGGCAGAAUUUGGACUAUAUUGUGCGCAAGACCUUCAAAGAUUACGUGGCACGCAUCGAUCCCGGCACGAAUCUGGGCCUCAACACCGACUCGAUUACUUCGUAUCACCUGGGCGAGGCGAAGCGUGGCCCCGAAAUGGGUUUCCCUGAGCUGCUCCCAUGCGGAUACAUUGUGGGCAACGUGAAGACGCUCUACAUCUGUCUGCAGGGCGUGGGCAGUCUGGCAUUCGACAGCCUCAUUCCACGCAGUAUUGUGCAUCGCUACAUCAGUCUGCUCACCGAGCAUCGCAGACUCAUUCUGUGCGGUCCCAGUGGCACCGGCAAAUCCUAUUUGGCGCGUCGCCUCGCCGAGUUCCUCGUAGCUCGCGCCGGUCGCGGCAAUCCCUCUGAGGCCAUCGCCACCUUCAAUGUGGACCACAAGACCUCAAAGGAUCUGCGCCAAUAUCUGGGCCACAUUGCCGAGCAGGCGGCCAUUGCUAAUGGCGUCUCGGAGCUGCCAUCUGUGAUCAUACUGGACAAUUUGCAUCAUGCUUCCGCGCUGGGCGAUGUCUUCUCCUGCCUGCUCAGCGCUGGUCCGGCCACCAAGUUGCCCUGCAUCAUUGGCACCAUGUCGCAGGCCACCUGCAACACGACCAAUCUGCAGCUGCAUCACAACUUCCGCUGGGUAUUGACUGCAAACCACAUGGAGCCUGUUAAAGGCUUUCUGGGACGCUUUUUGCGUCGUCGUCUCUUCCAGCUGGAGCUGCAGACGCAGCACUCGCAACCUGAGCUGGCUGCUGUGCUGGCUUGGCUACCUUCGGUAUGGCAGCACAUCAAUCGCUUCCUCGAGGUGCACAGCUCAAGUGAUGUGACCAUUGGACCGCGUCUGUUCCUCUCAUGUCCGCUGGACCUCAAAGACUCGCAAGUUUGGUUCACAGACAUCUGGAACUAUCACCUGUCGCCCUAUUUGAUUGAAGCGGUGCGCGAGGGUGUCCAACUCUAUGGACGACGAGGUGGUGCCUGGAAUGAUCCCUCUGCCUUCAUACGCAACUCGUAUCCCUGGCCCUAUGGACCAGACUCGGUGCCCCCGCUGCGGCAGAUCAAUGCUGAGGAUGUGGGUCUCGAGGGCGUGGCUCUGAGCAAUGGCGAGCAACAGGAUCCAUUGCUAAACAUGUUGAUGCGUCUGCAGGAAGCUGCCAACUACUCGGAGAAUCAGGAUCCCGAAUCCGACUGCGCCAGCUUGGAUUCCAAUGUGACUCCCGAUAGUUCAGCGGGCGCUGAAUAAAGUGUUGUCUGAAGACACAUGCAACAACUUCUUACAUGCCAAAUUAAUGCGUUGCAACUGAACGCUUAUGGAAACUGCCCCUAACACACACACACACACACACACACUAACACACACACAUAUAUAAAAACUCCCUGUAACACACACCACUUGAUGUUCAAGCACCCAAAUGUAAUUUCUUGCACUACUUUCGCGUACCAAGUUCAAAAGCAGUCACAAGAAAUUCACAUUUGCACCAAUCUAUCAAUCUAUCGAUCUAUUAAUCUAUCAAUCCAUCAAUCUAUCAUCCUCUUACACUCACCCACAUCCGACAUAUUUAGAUUGCACUUUUUAGCGCACUUGUUAAAAAUGCAAAUUGCCCAAAACACCAAAAAAAACCAAUAAAACCACACAAAAAUGGAAAAUUCAUUGAACCAUUCAUUCUAUUCACUGUAUUCAUGCCCACAAAUAACCUGGUGACCAUUUGCGUGAGUUCAACACGACCCAAAAGAAAUUUAUAUAGAUUUAAAUGAUACUGAGAAAGUGAAAGAGAGUCGAACAUUAAAUGUUAAACAAUUUUGCUAAAUGAAAAACACUCUUUUUUGUAUAUAAAAACCAAAAAGUCCCCCUAAUUAUAUUUAAGUAACAAAUUGUACGACGGUAUCACAUUUUUAUACCAUAACCCAAGGGAAACCUACAAAAUAUCUAAAAAUGAAAAACAAAAAAAAAAUAAAUGAGAUGAAGAAAAGAAAAAUAAAAUUUAUUGUAAAGGUAGCAUUAAGUUUUUGCUACUACCAAUUUACAAGAUGUACAUUUAAAGGAAAAAGCUUUCACUUUAGUUUAAUUAUUUGCAUAAUUAUCAUUAAAUAUUGUUACAAACAUAUUGCAUAUUUAUAAAACAAAACAAAAAACUAUUUAAACAAAAAUUAUUAUUAUGCCAUACAGCGCUUACCACAGCAAUAGCAACAG